AUGAACUUGGGUGCCCCUGACCUGUUGGACGUAUGGCUGGAGCCUCCAGAAGAUGCUUUCUCUCCAGGAAACUUCCUAGAGCUGGGACUCCAUGGGACACCUCCUGAGCCCCCAGCAACAAGGCUUCAUGAACAGGGUCUGCAAGGCUGGGUGUCCAGUGGGGACCUUCACUUUGACCUUCAAGAGAGUGAGCCUGAUGAUCUUCUGAAGUUUUUUAUUGACCCAAAUGAGGUAUACUGCUCCGAAGCUUCUCCUGGCAGUGACAGCGGCACCUCUGAGGACCCCGGCCACACAGACAGUCCCCCUGCUGCCCUGGCUCCAGGAUCCCCUGCCCUCUAUGAGGUUGUCUAUGAGGCAGGGGCCCUGGAGAGGAUGCAGGAGGAAGUGGUGCCUGCCGUAGGGCUCCUCUCCAUCCAACUAGAUGGAUGGAGCCCAGUGUUCCCGGUCCCAGACACCUGCACAGCCCUUCAGUUGUCUCUGGAUGCUCAUGCCCACAUCCUGCCCACAGCAAGCACCGUUGUCCCUGUACCGCCUGCUGUCCUGUUGCCUCAUCAAACGCUGUUCUUGACCGAGGAAGAGAAGCGGCUUCUGGGACAGGAAGGGGUUUGUUUGCCUUCUCACCUGCCCCUCACCAAGGCAGAAGAGAGGGUCCUCAAGAAGGUGAGGAGGAAAAUCCGUAACAAGCAGUCAGCUCAGGACAGCCGGCGGCGGAAGAAGGAGUACAUCGAUGGCCUGGAGAGCAGAGUGGCUGCCUGUUCUGCACAGAACCAGGAACUACAGAAAAAAGUCCAGGAGCUGGAGCGACGCAAUGUUUCCCUGCUGACUCAGCUCCACCAGCUGCAGCUGCUCAUUGCUCAGACCUCCAGCAAGGCUGCUCAGACUAGCACUUGUGUUCUGAUCCUUCUUUUUUCCCUGGCUCUCAUCAUCCUACCCAGUUUCAGCCCCUUUCGGGCUCUCCCAGAAGCUGGUGCUAAGGAUUACCAGCCUCAUGGAGUGAUUUCCAGAACUAUCCUGACUCACAAGGACGUGGCAGAAAGUGUGGAUGCCCCAGGAAUGGAGUCCAGACUGGUGGGGCCACCGGGGCUCAAGGGUGCAUAUGAUUCUACAAAGACAGAGCCAGAUGUGGGCCAGGGGAGACAUGUCCAUACUCUGAGACGUGAUCGGCUUGUGUGA